AACAUUGUCCGUCAAAGAUAGCUGAAUCUGUUUAUGGAAAUCUAUGAAGUAUUCGAUAAUAUUUAAUAACUAGUAAAGACUGAACGUGAUUAACGGCGAGACAUGGCAACUGCUAGUGAAGACGAAAAGGAUGACUAUUAUUUGGAAUUAUCCUCCGACCCGAUCAAGUUCGAGUCGGUCAGCUGUCUUACCAAUGUCUUUUUCGACGACUCGAAACAACAGGUAUUUGCUGUUCGCUCGGCAGGUGUUGCAGGUGUAUUAGUUAAAGGACCGAAUCAAAGUAUAAAUUUUCAAAUGGAAGACAAGGGUCCAGUUAUUUCCAUCAAAUUUUCACCCGAUAUGAAUGUACUCGCAAUACAACGUACGAAUAUUUCUGUCGAAUUUGUUAAUUAUUCACCUGUCGUUGGAUUGGAUAACAUAGAAUAUUCGCAACCGUGUAAAGGAAAAAACGCCACUAUAUUGGGAUUUGUUUGGACGCAUGGAAAUGAAAUACUGUUUGUUACAGAUUAUGGAGUCGAGUUGUUCCAAGUGAAUCCAGAGAAACGAAGCGUCAGAGCUAUAAAAUGUUUAAGUUUGGGUGUAAAUUGGUUUGUGUAUUGUCCACAAAGUCAGUUGGUACUGUUAUCAUCUGGUACAGCAGGAAAUCAAAUGCAGUCGUUACAUAUAACACCAGGGAAUCUUCAUAAGUUAACGAAAUUUGAAAUGGAACCUGGUACGACGAAACCAGGCAAAUUGGCGGUUUCCGAAAGAGAUGUAGCUUUGACUGUUCUGUACGGAACACCCUGUAUUAUUUUAUUGCGUCAUCAGCCGGGCGCUAGUCGUUCAACAGGGACCACUUCUGUAUAUGUAUAUACUGUUUAUAAGAUGACAACUAUCAAAAGAAGUCAUAUUCUGAAACUCGACGUCAGUGGUAGAUUCGCUAUUAAUGUUGUAGAUAAUCUAAUUAUCGUUCAUCAUCAAGCUUCGAAAACUUCAAUGGUUUUCGAUAUUAUGUUACAAGGCGUGAGCGAUGGCACUGUGAUGCACCAUACCAGCGUGGUACCGGCAAAAUCGAUAAAACCGUAUAAUUUGAAAGUUCCGGGCGCGACAUUAUCGGAGCACACGUAUCAGCCUUGUCAAUUAUAUUCACCAAAUUGGGUAGUUUUUCAGCCAAACAUUGUUAUAGAUGUCAAGUUGGGUUGCCUAUGGUAUGUUGAACUGAAGUUGGAAGCAUUGAUAAAGCUUAUCACGGACAAAGUGUUGUUGGUCGAAUUUUUGAUACAGCGAACAAAUGCGAAACAAGUUUUAAUACAGGUGCUGCAAAAUUUCAUGAUGCAGCUACCUGUUAGUUUAAUGGACAUGCCAACCAUAUUCAACAAGAUUAAUUCUGUGUACAGAAGUUACUUGGAGAGCGAAAUACAAAGUCAGAUGGGUACCCCAUUACAAAGUAAUGUGAAAAACGUUGGCACCGUGGUAGAAAAUUACAAGUAUAAGCUCUUGCUCGAUCAAAGCGACACGUAUAGUCAUAUACUAUCGAAAUUUUCCGAGAAUACAAUCGAACCGAAAAUGAUCGUAUGGGUUCUCCUCGAAUAUAUCAGAUCAUUGGCGGAACAUGGAAUACCUGUGCAACAUUAUUUGCACGAGUUAAUCAUCACGACAUUGGUGCAACGUAAAGCGUAUUACCAGCUUCAUCAGUUACUGCAAUAUCAUGUGGUCGCCGAUUCGAAACCUCUAGCGUGUCUGUUACUUUCUUUGGAGAAUCUGUAUCCAGCUGCCCAUCAGCUUGCUUUGGAUAUGCUGAAACGAUUAGGGAAUGCUCACGAAGAAAUAAUCGAAGUCCUCCUCUCGAAGGGUCAUAUUCUGCCAGCGUUGCGAUAUGUCCGAUCAGUUGGAAUGGUAGAUCAAGUUUCCGCUCGAAAAUUCUUAGAAGCAGCAAAGGCAACCGAAGAUGCGACGUUGUUUCAUUCGGUUUUCAAAUUUUUCGAACAACGCAACGUGCGAUUACACAACACGACAGCUUUCUCGAAAGGAGAACACUGUCAGCCUUACGUUCAACAUUUCAAGUAUUUGUUCCAUGGAACGGACAAUGGAUGCAAUUCGGACACAAAUUCUAACGUUACAACGAUCUCUUCGUGAAAUAUUACGUACAAGUUCUUUUUCCUGAUUUUGUUGCGCGAUGUUUACUUGUAAAUGUGAAACAAUAAUAACAGCAACGGAAACAACAAACAAUAAUAUAUUUCAAAUUUAUAAUACAGAAGAAGCAGGGACGUUGGCUAGUCGUUUUUUGAAAUUUCUUUGCUCCUUCCUCGCGUUACCAUUCGCAGAAUACGUCAAAGAAGGAUAUUGGUCACAAUUUCUUUUAUAAUUGGUUGUAUCUAUGUGUACAAUUUACGGAAUUUCAUGGUAUCGACCGCAACUAGCCAUAAUUCGUUUAACGGCGCAUUUAUUUGUAUAAUUUGCUUCCGUAGUCGCGCACCGGCAGCCAUUUCGCGAUUGGAAUUAUUACGUAGCCACAGUGACACGUUGAUACGAAAUACGAUACUAUACAUACAUGCAUACAAACAAAUAACGGGCACGUCGAUAUAUUCGCGUACGAUAAUAGUAUAUGUAUGCUAGAUUAAAACAGGAAGAAACAAGAAUUCAGUUUUCGGUAAUAAAAAUAUGUUUUUUUUUGUUUUUCUGGUUUUUCUUGUAUUUCUUCUACCCUUCUCAGCGCAUUACGAAUUAUUCAGCAAGAGGAAUGAAUUUACGUACGUUCUUCAAGUCGAUGAAAAAUCGUCCUAUCCUUACAGGGUAUAGAUAAUUACUUGGUGCUUACAGUUUAGACAAACAGACAGUCACAAAAUAUUUAUUAAAAUUGGUCUGGUGUGUGUAUGAUGUGCACGCGUAUGUAUAUGUAUUAUAUCUCCUAGCGGCAAUCGUCGUUACUCGGAUUUUUAGCGACUCGGAAUCGGAAUUUAGUACAUAAGACGUUUCUUUUCGAUAAUUUUAGCUUUUUUUCUGAGUAUGCUCGAAUAACCAAACUGGAGAUGCAUGAAAUACACUUCCUAUCGGAUAUGCGAACGUUUCAUGGAUAUUAUUGGCUCAGAAAAUGUAAUUAAUCUCGAUACUAAGAUUUGAUCGAUGAAACUCCGAUUCGCUUGAUGGGACCAACGACGUAACGCGUAGAAGAGGACGGACAGGAUAUUCGUCGAGACACAUUCGAUCGAUUUUGCACUUUAUGUUCACCAAGAUCGAACAAACGAUCGUUGAUUUGGUUCAAAAGCUUACUCGAAGCUGCGCGAAACGACAAGAAAAAUGAAUAGUUUCGAUAAUCGUUUGUGUGUCGAGAGAGAAGUAACGUUGGAAGAGCCUGAACUUUAAAAACACUUGGGAAGGAGUGAAGAGUUAAUCCUAUGAUGCAGUGUUCUCCAAAAUGAUGGGCAUGGGCAAAAGGGUAUAGCCGAAUAAGGCGGUCAAAUGCGCCCUUGAACCAAAUGUGACAUACGAUGGAUCCAUCGAUAGAGCAUCAAGAAAAA